AUGGCUCAGGGUGAACCAGUAACUCUGGAGUACAAGGGAAGAAUCGCGGUGAUCACCAUUGAUAACGAGAAGAAGCUUAAUGCUUUGACUCAAGAUGGCUACUAUUUAAUAGCAAAGUUCAUGAGGGAGGUGGCCACCCAUGAUGAGGUUUUCGUCACAGUUUUGACAGGAAAGGGACGAUACUUCUCAGCAGGAGCAGAUGUUUCGAUCAGUAAAGAGCAGCCUGUCGGAACUGAUCUCGCUCGUCAUUGGUUGACUAGCUUCGUUGCGAAUAACCUCAACAUAACCAAUGCCUUUUAUACCCAUCCAAAAAUCCUCAUCACAGCCCUCAACGGUCCAGCAGUUGGCCUCUCAGCCGCAUUAAUCGCCUUUUCGGACUUCAUUUACUGCACACCACAGACAUUCCUAUUGACCCCUUUCUCCAGUUUGGGACUCGUUGCAGAGGGAGGAGCGUCAAGGGCUUUCGUCCAGCGCUUGGGAAUCAGCAAAGCGAAUGAAGCUCUGAUCAUGAGCAAGAGAAUAACGGCUGAGGAAUUGCUGCAUGUUGGUUUUGUGAACAAGAUUUUCGACGUCCAGAAGGGAGAGGACGAGAAGUUCAAAGGGUUGGUAUUUGAGGAAAUCGAUAAUCGAUUGGGAACGCACUUGAUCGGCGAUAGUUUGAUAAAGAUCAAGGCAUUGAUUAGAAAACCGGAGAGAGAUGUGCUCGAUGCACAGGGUGUAGCUGAGGUAUUCGGUGGGUUGGAACGAUUCGCGUCCGGGAUACCACAAGAGGAGUUUAGAAAGAUUGCAAGCGGCGAGAAGAAGCAUAAGCUGUAG